CGUGUCCCCGCAAAAUUCAAGCGUCAGUUGCUGCGUUAGCGUUAGCAGCACUGUGUGCUAAUAGACUCGUGUACGAAGUUAUAAACAAACGCUUUAUUAAUUUCAAUUAAAUAUUUGAUGUGAGUGAUCGGAUAAAGCGAUGGAAACAGUGACGGAUGAAGACGUAACGUUAUCUAAGAUAGAGCUACGCAAACUGAAAUUGGCAGAAUACCUCGCGGCGAAAGGAAGACUGAAAGCACCUAAUCCAAAACCAUAUCUCAAGGAGAAGACUGUUACAAAGAAACACGCUGAAAAUAACCCGAAGUCCAAAACUGCAGCUGAUGGAAAGGAGAAUCGCGGCAUCAAUGGCACAAAUAUAAAAGAAGUGAAGACAUUGGCAGAGGUUGAUAAAAACACAUCCUCAACAAAAGGCCUUGGCAUCAGUUCACUAGCCAAAGCCCAAACAAAGCUGUCCAGUAAUUCCCAUAAUGCUUGCCGGGAAGGCCUUCAUGUUCUGAGGACACAGAGCAACAAAACAGCUUCUCUUCAAAAUCCAAGGAAACCCCACGAUGCUGAGAAAACAGCUGCGCCAUUCAAGAGGACUCGUUCACAAAGCCUUCAAAGAGUCCAACCCAAAGCUCAGCCAGCUUCCCAUGCUGCAAAUACGACUCAAAUAUUAAGAAAAUCCAGUCUUGUUUCCAUCCGUAGCACACAGUCUGGACGUAGUAUCAGCACAGAUCAGAGCCGCACCAAGACAGACAUUCAGCCAACAAGGCCUUUGGCUCAGAAAUUAACCGAAACAAGCAUCAAAUCAACCUCAGCUGCCAAUCUGACGAGUCGAAGACCAAUGAAGACAACCGAGACACAAAUGCAGAGAAACAGUGUUCCUAAAACCCAUGCCAAACCCAUGCCAAAACCCAGAAGUCCGAGUGCUGUGCACAAUCGGAAACCCAACCCAUCGAUGAACCGAUCCGAUGUGAACCGGAGAAAAGAUACUUUCUUCGUUGAUGCCACUAAAUCUAAAUCAAAUAGCUCUGCCGCAGUCAGAGCGACAAGAGCGAGCGUCUCUUCGGCUCUCUCUAAACCUGCGAAUAGAGAAGCAGCAGCAGCGACCGUCAGAAAUAAACAGCCUGCUGCUGUUAAACGAACUAAUGCUGCUGCUUCUACCAAACCGGCCGGUCGAAGCUCCAGGAGCUGUGUUCUGCCGCAGAAGACCGCUGCGCCUCCAGAGCUUGACCGGCCUAAGAUCUCCAGCCAGGCCAAGCCUGCGCUUCAGCUAGAGACUCCGAAAUCCACACUCUGUCCCAGCACUCAAGGAGUCCGGACCGCUCCGGUGGAUGGAGCGAAGAAGCCCACCGCAGCUCAGGAGGAGAGACUGCGUAAGCUCCAGGAGUGGCGAGAGUCGAGGGGCAUCACAUAUAAACGCCCCCCCAUGCCAGUCCGUCUGGUGAGGAGGAAGACGGUUUCUGCUUUUCCUCAGCCGUACUGGACUUCUAUGGAGAACGAAGAUGAGGUUCAUAACAUUGCCUUUGCUGUGGACCGAUCGCUGGAUGACUGCAUUAAAUUAUUACAGCAGGGUUUCCCGGUGGAGCGGGUCAGAGAUGUGCUGUCUCGGGUGCCAAUGGCACAGAAGUUUGCUAAAUACUGGAUCUGCCGGGCCAGACUAAUGGAAAGAGAGGGAAACCUGGAGGUGCUGCCCAUGUUUCAGGAGGCCAUCCGUGUAGUGAGAGAGCCAGUGGAUGAGCUACGAUCUGUGGUUUUUGAGAUCCUUAAAAAGAGACAGAUUCAAGGUUUGUCUCUGACGCCAAAAGAGUUUGAAGCGGAAGAGCCUGGAGUGUGUGAUGAAGAGGACGGCGCUGGCAUCACGUGCACCCCAAAACCCAUCAGUGCCCUCAUAUCUGGAGCGAGGGGAGACUCGUCAGUCGUCAAGUAUAAAAUCACAGCGACCCCGGGGGGGAAAAGGAGUCAGCGAGGAGCAGAACCUGGACAAGUGGACGGUCAUGAAAUCCGUUUCUUUACCCCGGUGCGGCGCUCGGUGCGGAUCGAGAGAAGCGCUGUGUGUUAUCCCACGGCUUUGCAGGAACACGAGCCCUGUGUGACCUCUCUCUGUGAGCUUGCAGGUCAGGAGGAGGUCAAAGGUCAGAGUUCUCCUGUGUAUGUGUACCGUGAGAACGAAGCGCUGACAGACCGCGUUCACGUUACACUUGUUUUUCCAGAGGAGGGUGAGACGUGAUCAUGUUUAUCUUCAUGUCCCACCUGGAAGCAAUGAAUUGUUUUAAUCAUUUUCAUUCUGCAUUCACUAUUUCUCAAUAGAUUUCAGACCGAAUUUCCGUCUCAUCUCAUUAUACUGAUUAGAUGUUACCUAAUUGCUUCAUACCUUCAUUGCUAUGCGUCGCUGCUGUGUGUACAGAUGAUGAAGAUGAUGGUUUUGUUUAAAUGUGCUGCAAAAAUCUGAAGGAUCCCGUACUGCAAAAGACUUGACAUGUCUAACUUUCUAUAUUUAUAACUUCAGUUAUAAUUUAUGGAUCAGACAAUCUCUGCAUGAUUAUUAAACCAUAUUUGAGUCAGCAAUGUACAUUUGUUCCAUUGAAUUGCUGUAAUUUUGUUCCUUAUUACAUUCUGAGCACAUUAAAAAGUAUUUAGAUAAACAAACAUUUUAUGAAUCUUUUGUGCAUGUCCUGAGCUUUGUUUUUAGAUC